UUUUUGAAGGGUCUGUCUGAAGCCAGUCUGAAACUAUGUGUGGUGAUACUGUUUGGAGUAAGAAGUGAAUUCCAUCAGGAUCAGGAGAUUAAAAUGGAAGAAAGACCAUUCUCUGCCUGGUCGUGGUCUGUAGAUCAGUGCCUGAAGGAAUACUCUGUGAAACUUGACAAGGGUCUGAGUUCCUUUGAGGUUGAGAGGCGGCGACAAAAGUAUGGUUGGAAUGAGCUUCAGAAAGAGAAGGGGAAGCCUCUAUGGCGGCUUGUCUUGGAACAGUUUGAUGAUGUGCUCGUCAAGAUCCUGUUAGUUGCAGCCUUCAUUUCAUUUGUUCUGGCUCACUUUCACGGGCAUGAAUCAGGAGAGAGUGGUUUCGAGGCCUAUGUGGAACCUUUCGUGAUUGUUAUGAUUCUCGUGCUCAACGGCAUUGUUGGGGUUUGGCAGGAGACCAAUGCCGAGAAGGCACUCGAAGCCCUUAAGGAAAUGCAAUCUGAGUGUGCGAAGGUUCUCCGAGAUGGACACUAUGUGCCAGAAUUACCCGCCCGGGAGCUCGUCCCAGGGGACAUUGUGGAACUACGGGUUGGAGACAAGGUCCCUGCUGACAUGAGAGUUGCGGCACUAAAGACAUCAACCUUGCGAGUUGAGCAGAGCUCGUUGACUGGAGAGGCAAUGCCUGUGCUCAAAGGUACCAAUCCUGUGCUCAUGGACGACUGCGAAUUGCAAGCCAAAGAAUGUAUGGUAUUUGCAGGUACCACAGUUGUGAACGGGAGCUGUCUUUGUAUUGUUGUAAGCACUGGGAUGCGCACUGAGAUUGGGAAGAUUCAGACACAAAUACAUGAAGCCUCCUUAGAAAAUGACGAUACCCCUCUGAAGAAGAAGCUGGAUGAAUUCGGUGGGAGGUUGACAACUGCAAUUGGGCUUGUUUGUUUCGUUGUGUGGGUGAUCAACUACAGAAACUUCCUCACUUGGGAACUUGUGGAUGGAUGGCCCACUAAUUUUAGGUUUUCUUUUGAGAAAUGCACAUACUAUUUCAAGAUAGCCGUUGCCCUUGCAGUAGCUGCUAUUCCAGAGGGUCUUCCUGCUGUAAUCACAACUUGUUUGGCCUUGGGUACCAGGAAAAUGGCACAAAAGAAUGCAAUUGUGAGGAAGCUCCCAAGUGUGGAGACGUUGGGAUGCACAACUGUGAUUUGUUCAGAUAAGACUGGAACCCUUACGACAAAUCAAAUGUCUGUGAGUGAAUUCUUCACUUUGGGUGGAAAGACGACAGGCACUCGAAUUUUUCGUGUCGAAGGAACGACUUAUGAUCCCAAGGAUGGUGGUAUUGUGGACUGGGACUGCUACAAUUGGGAUGCAAACUUGCAGGCAAUGGCAGAAAUAUGUGCUGUCUGCAAUGAUGCUGGGAUCUUCUGUAGUGGUUGCCUUUUCCGAGCUACAGGUUUGCCUACUGAAGCGGCUCUCAAGGUUUUAGUUGAAAAGAUGGGGGUUCCAGAUACAAAGGCAAGCAAUCGAAUCCGCAGCACACAGCUUGCUGCUGACUAUUUAAUUGACUGUGACACAGUUAAAUUAGGCUGUUGCGAGUGGUGGGCAAAAAGAUCAAAAAGGGUUGCUACAUUGGAGUUUGAUCGAAUUCGUAAAUCCAUGAGUGUUAUCAUUCGGGAACCAACUGGGAAUAAUCGUCUUCUUGUUAAGGGCGCUGUGGAGAGUAUGUUGGAGCGCAGUUCAAAUGUGCAACUUGCAGAUGGAUCCAUUGUUCCAAUGGAUGAGCUGUGUAGGCAACUCUUAUUGUUAAGAAACUUGGAGAUGAGUUCAAAGGGCCUGCGAUGUUUGGGUUUGGCGUAUAAGGAUGACUUAGGAGAGUUCUCGGACUACUACGAGGAGAAUCACCCUGCCCACAAGAAGCUGCUUGAUCCUGCCAACUACUCUUCCAUUGAACGCAACCUAGUCUUUGUUGGGGUUGUAGGUCUGAGGGACCCGCCUCGUGUUGAAGUUCAUAAAGCAAUUGAAGAUUGUAAAGAAGCUGGGAUCAAAGUUAUGGUGAUCACUGGAGACAAUAAGUCCACUGCUGAGGCUAUUUGUCGGGAGGUUCGAUUAUUUUCUGAUAGUCAGGAUCUCAGGGGGAGAAGUUUUACAGGUAAAGAAUUCAUGGCUCUCUCUUCGACCGAACAGGUAGGGAUCUUGUCCAGGCCUGGGGGGAUGGUUUUCUCUCGUGCCGAGCCCAAACACAAACAGGAAAUUGUAAGGAUGCUGAAGCAAAUGGGUGAAGUUGUUGCUAUGACUGGAGACGGUGUAAACGAUGCUCCUGCACUGAAACUUGCUGAUAUCGGAAUUGCAAUGGGAAUUACUGGAACUGAGGUUGCAAAGGAGGCAUCAGACAUGGUUCUUGCAGAUGAUAAUUUCAGUACUAUUGUUUCUGCUAUUGCUGAGGGCCGUUCAAUCUAUAAUAACAUGAAAGCUUUUAUUAGGUAUAUGAUAUCAUCUAAUGUUGGGGAGGUGAUAUCCAUCUUUCUGACAGCUGCACUAGGCAUACCAGAAUGCUUGAUUCCGGUGCAGCUUCUUUGGGUCAAUUUGGUUACGGAUGGUCCACCUGCAACUGCUCUAGGUUUUAACCCUGCGGAUGUUGACAUCAUGCAGAAACCACCCCGCAAGAGCAAUGAUGCGCUUAUAAACUUUUGGGUUCUGUUCCGCUACAUGGUGAUUGGUUCAUAUGUGGGCAUUGCAACUGUUGGCAUAUUCAUUUUGUGGUACACCCAACCUUCCUUUAUGGGUAUUGAUCUUGUGAGUGAUGGGCACACACUGGUUUCCCUAUAUCAGCUCCGCACUUGGGGGGAGUGCCCCACAUGGUCAAAUUUCACUGCAGCCCCAUUCAAGGUUGGUGGUGGUGGUGUUAUCACUUUCUCAAACCCUUGUGAGUACUUCUCUGUUGGUAAAGUGAAGGCAUCAACUUUAUCAUUGUCUGUGCUAGUAGCAAUCGAGAUGCUUAAUUCCCUCAAUGCCUUGUCCGAAGACAACAGCUUAGUCCGAAUGCCACCUUGGAGGAACAUUUGGCUAUUGAUUGCCAUGUCUGUUUCAUUUGGGCUCCAUUUUUUCAUACUGUAUUUUCCUUUUCUAGCAAAUGUUUUUGGUAUUGUUCCACUGAGCCUGAAUGAAUGGUUACUGGUCAUCUUACUUUCGUCCCCUGUUGUUCUCAUUGAUGAGGUUCUCAAGUUCUUUGGGAGAUGUCGAAGAAGGAGAACAUGGAAGGACAAGAAAGAGUAGCAUGGUUUUGGGUGUGGGUGGGUUACUUUCUAUAAUGGCAAAUAGCAUCAGAGUUUUGAAGGGUGUUAAAUGAGAAGAAGACAUUGAUGCAUGUAAAGAAAAAUGUUCAUGAAAAAUUCCAAGAAGAAAUGAGAACUUAAGAACUCUUGUUUUCAUACA